CCUUCUGGGCUCAAGCCUCGCCCCCACCCCCCUUCCCUGGGCCCCUGGGGCUGCCCCCCCUGCGCGCCCUGGCCCCGCCGUCGAUCGGGGGGCAUGGCGGGCGCCGCCUUCGCGAGCCGACGCGCCGCAGUCUCCCUGGGGGCCCCGGCGGCCGCUGCCGCGAGGGGGCCCGGCGCCGCGGCAGCCGGGCGGGGCCGGCGCGGGCUCGCGCAGUUUGCGGGCCUGAGGGACCCCGCGGUGCUGACGAGCACGCCCGCCUUCCGGAAGGCGGCCGGCCCCAUACCGGUGCUGCGCCUCGUCGACGAGGAGGGCCGCGUCGCGAGCGGCGCGGUGCUUCCGUUCUCUCUGGAAGAGGCCGUGGCCAUGCACCGGACCAUGGUGCGCGUGAGCGUCGUGGACCAGAUCUUGAGCUCCUUGCAGAGGCAGGGCCGGAUCUCCUUCUACGGGGGCCGGGGGACAUGACGGGCACGGGGGAGGAGGCGGCACAGGUGGGCACCGCGUUCGGCCUCGGGCCCCAGGACGUCAUGUGGCCGCAGUACCGGGAGCUGGGCGCCCUGAUGCAGCGCGGGUUCACGGUGGGGCAGGUGGUCGACCAGUGCCUGGGGCGCGGCGCCGAUCCCGGAAAGGGGCGGCAGAUGCCGGUGCACUACACCGACGCCGCCCUGAACAUACAGAGCAUCACCUCGCCGCUCGGGACGCAGAUCCCUCAGGCCGCGGGCGCGGGCUACGGCUUCCGGGUGGGCGGGGAGCCCCGCUGCGGCGUCGCGUACUUCGGCGACGGGGCGGCGUCGGAGGGCGACUUUGCCGUCGCCCUGAACUUCGCGGCCACACUCAGGGCGCAGACCAUCUUCAUUUGCCGCAACAACGGCUGGGCCAUCUCCACCCCAGCCAAGGAGCAGUACGCCGGAGACGGCAUCGCCGCCCGCGCCAUCGCCUACGGCGUGAGCUGCAUCCGCGCCGACGGCAAUGACCUGGCGGCGGUUGUCCUCGCGACACAGCAGGCCCGCGAGCUCUGCCUCGGCGGCGAACCCGUGGUCGUGGAGCUGAUGACCUACCGCAGAGGCCACCACAGCACGUCGGACGACGCCACCCGCUACCGCGGCGGCACCGAGGUCAAGACCAUGGCCCGUGCGGGGCUGGAGCCCAUCAGCCGCAUGCGCCUCGUCCUGGAGAGGGAGAGGCUAUGGAACGACGACAUCGAAGGCCAGCUCCGAGACGCGACCAGGGACGAGGUCAUGGACGCCCUGAGGAAGGCGGAGGCCAAGAAGUUCUACCCCGUCAGGGACAUGUUCGAGGACGUCUGGGCCUCGCCCUCGCCGCAGCUCCUGCGCCAGCGGGGUGAGCUGGAGGAGCACGUGGCCCGGCACGCCCCCGCGUACGCCAAGAGCCUCGAGCGGUUCCAGCCCUGA